UCCCUCUCUCUCUCUCUCUCUCUCUCUCAUGUAUCCGGCGACACUGAAGCUUUCAACCUCCUUCGUUCGUGGAGUGUGAAAUGGGUAUAAUGGUCGCGACUAGACCCGUGUUAACUUUAACAGGAAGGGUCAUCAACAACGUUGUGAGCUUCAUUGUCUUCUGUUUUCUUGACCUUUUUGAUGUCAUCCUCUGUAUUGUUUACAAGGUUGUUGAUUUCUUAAUCGAAGCCGAAUGGAAACCGUGUUACUGCUCCUCCGCCAAGGAAGCCAUUAUGAGAAUCGCUACCUUCUUGCUCUCCGAACCCGGCGAGUCGAAAGUCGUUUGCCUUCGUUCCAAUAAGUUACAGCUGGACGACGUCUCAGAAACCCUCUACUCGCGUCCGUCUUUGGUGUCGGAGGUCUCGAAAUCCACUUUAAAGGAGCUAAAACGGCUGAAAGUGGAAGGAACGACGAGCCGGUCCUCCCACUCCGAGAGGAUCAAGAACGGGACCCUGAGAUCAACGUUCACGAUUAACUCCACUAUUAUUGAGAUGUUACAAGGCAAAAUCGGAGGCCAACAAUCGCAUCCCAUCCCUCGAUGGUCUGAUUGUCAUUGCAGUACCUGCACUUCCUGGAUUUCUUCCUGCAAAGAAACUCUAUACGUCCGAGUCGAAGGACCUAAAGGUAAUAAGGCGCGAGAAGACGUAUUGUUCAUUCAUGGCUUCAUUUCAUCUUCUGCAUUUUGGACGGAAACGCUAUUUCCGAACUUUUCUGGCGCUACGAAUUCCUCAUAUCGGUUGAUGGCGGUAGAUCUGCUUGGAUUCGGACGGAGUCCCAAGCCAACGGAUUCCCUUUACACUCUGAGGGAGCACAUAGAAAUGAUCGAACGUUCAGUAUUGAACCCGUAUAAAGUAAAGUCAUUCCACAUGGUGGCCCACUCACUGGGCUGCAUCUUAGCCCUGGCCAUCGCCGUUAAACAUCCCGGAGCUGUCAAGUCCUUAACGUUAAUUGCACCGCCAUAUUUUCCGGUACCAAAGGGGGAACAAGCGAAUCAGUACGUGCUGAGAAAGGUGGCGCCCCGGCGAGUAUGGCCGUUGAUAGCAUUCGGUGCAUCGAUUGCUUGCUGGUACGAACAUAUAAGCCGGACCAUUUGCCUGCUUAUUUGCAAGAACCAUCGCUUCUGGGAAUGGCUCGCCAAAAUCGUCACAAGAAACAGGAUGAGAACAUUCAUGUUGGAUGGGUUCUGCUGCCACACCCAUAACGCUGCAUGGCAUACUUUACACAAUAUCAUUUGUGGUAGUGCCGGCAAGAUUGAUGAAUAUUUGGACGCCGUCCGGGAUCAGUUAACGUGCCAAGUCACCAUAUUCCACGGCAAAGAUGAUGAACUUGUCUCUCUUCACUGUAGCUACGACAUUAGAAAAAGGAUUCCCCGAGCUGACGUUAUGGUGAUCGACAAGAAAGAUCAUAUUACCAUUGUUGUGGGAAGACAGAAGACUUUUGCUAGGGAACUUGAACAAAUUUGGAAAUAUUCAAGUCGUUAAUUUUCAAGUUAAAACUGCGUAUCUGUAUCCAUAUGAUCAUAACGAGUGAACUUGCCAAUUUUUUAAGUCGUUGAAAGUCAUUCAACACUUGCGUCACGUUAAUUGGGCGGGUUACUUCCAUGUAUAACUUACAUUCAAAACAAAGGCCCACAAAUAAUGACCGACUGGAAUUAG